AUGUUCACGCCGAUUCAUACAACGCUGGGUGCUUUGCUGCUCUACCAGGGCUCUUCGGGGCUGCUCUUUCACAAUGGUGCUGUCUUUGGUAUCUCGUCUCUAGUCUCGGGGUCUAUACUUCACCCGAGCAAGGAUAAUGUGCCUAUUGUAGCGGGUUUGGUGUCCAGUAUCGUCCCUGUGUGGAUGAUGGCUCCCUCGCUCAUCCCCAAUUACCCUAUUGCACCUAAUUCCUUGACCUCUGUGGCUGCAACAUUCGGCGUAGGUGUUCUGCUGGGCUGGGGAACAAAGAAUGGCCGCGGCUGUACCUCAGGACAUAUGCUCUGUGGCUUAUCACGCUUGUCUCCUCGUUCGUUGAUUGCGACGGCUCUAUUUUUCACCACGGCACUGAUCACGGCCAAUUUCAUUGGGGGAUCUGGCAUCCCAUCGUGUGAGAUGGGUCCUUGCUAUACUCCCAUUUACCCAUCGGCAGCAGAGCUGGCUUUCAUGUCUGGUGCUUUGAUCUUAUCUAGCAUUACAAAUUUCUUUGUUGUGCCGAAAGUAUUUACACGGUCCGAGGAAUCAAGAACAUUGUUUUCUUAUCUUGCCGGACUGGAGUUUGGGCUAGGACUGUUGAUAUCUGGGAUGGCCGAUUCUGCUAAGGUUCUGAGAUUUUUUGCCUUUCUCACGGAUUUUACUCGCUUUGAUCCUUCCUUAGCACUGAUCAUUGUGUUUGGCAUCGGUCCAUCGAUGGUGACCUAUUUGUCUAACAGCCCCGGUCAGACAAGUAACAAAGAAAAAUCACAGACAAAGCCUACGCUCGCUGAAAAAUGGAGACUUCCCGCAGCCACGGCGGCUGAUAUUGACUGGCGAUUCGUUGCAGGUGCGGUGGCAUUUGGAAUUGCUUGGGGCCUGAGGGGAGUGUGUCCUGGGCCGGCAAUCUUGCGUGCAAUUUUCCAGCCUACUUGGGGACUUGCAACGAUGGGCGGGUACAUGCUUGGAAACAUGUUCUAG